AUGGAGGAUCAACGCAACAACCUGGCCACAGUUUCCGCUUACUUCGAUGUUUGGUGGCUCGACGAGUUUCUUAUUUGGAAUGCUACCGAGUAUGCUGGGAUUACGAAAAUUUUCGUACCGAUGAAGUGGAUUUGGAAACCCGAAUUCUACAUGUACCACAGCGUAUAUGGACGAGUGCCAGAAUACGCUCCCGAUGCCCCUGCUGAGAUUCGCUCCGAUGGACGAGUUCGCAUGUUCGUCUCUAUAUCGUCCAAGAGUUUUUGCCCGAUCAACUUCAAACGGUUUCCCUUUGACUCGCAGACGUGUUCAUUCUCGGUUUGUUUUUUUUUAUUUUGA